CAGGCACAGCAACCUCAGCCUCAAGUAACACAACGUCAGCACCAACGGUUCUCAUGGCAGGCUCCUGUAGAGACAGAAACAACACCACGGAGGCUACCACAGUACCAAGAAGUACAACAUCAACCACAGCAGCCGGUCGUCAACACCAACAUAGCCUUGCAACAUGAUAGAGGCUUUUCAUAUGCCCCGACUUCGACCGAACACAAUGGAUCAGCAUACUAUACAUCAUCAUCGGAUGACCCGACGCUUCCGUCGUCUCCGGUCUUUACACCCAUCGAUGAUCGGCCACAGUCAAUGUUCAACAUGCUGAACACACCAGCACGACGCCAAUCACAGCAAGCUUACGCACCCUUGUCUCACCCACAUGACGAAGAGACACUUUUGUCACCGUCAUCACCGGAAGCUCAGACUCUGCCAUUCAUGUUAGUAGAGUCUGUAGUCGGAGGCCAAGACCAAACAACAUCACAAGCACAACAGCCCGCGCCAGCACCACAAUCGCCCGUCCAGCAAAGCAGACAUGCACGCCAAAUGAGCAAUUUGGCACCUCUCAAUACAAACCUUUCACAACCCGUCAUGCCCGCAAUCCCCCAAAGUCCGCGCUCCGGCACCGAGCAUCAGACCUCACCCGGCGCCCUCCCCUACAAGACACCUAUAUCUCCCAUCUCCUCUGCGCCAAUCCGAAAAGACACACCAAACUCGUCCUACAACAGCCACACGCGGCACCAAACGCAUGCAGCCGAACCCUACUCCCCACACAACUUCUCAUCCCACAACCUCGCAACACCACACGCCAUUUUCUCCCCCGACGCAGCCCACGGACCCAAUGGCCUAGACUUCUCUUUGCACCAACCAGGCCAAAUACGGCACCCGAAUAUGGACGACCAAUCGAGCCGGGCGUGGAAGAAUGGGCUGUGCGCUUGCACACCAGACGUUUCCACCUGCCUCACGGGCCUCUUCUGCCCGUGCAUACUCUCCGGGCGCACCGCGUACCGUCUCUCGCAAAAGAGUAAGAAGGCGGAUCCGACGGAUAUGCUGGGGCAUAGUAGCACGAAUGGGCAUUGUAUUGCGAUGAGUUUGGCGUGUGGGGUGGGGUUGGGGUGGGUGUUUCCAAUGGUGCAGCGGACGAGGAUUAGGCAUCUGUAUAAAUUGGAAGGUAGCUGUGGGGAUGAUUUGGUGAAGGGGUGUUGUUGUUGUUGCUGUGUUGCUGUGCAGAAUGAGAGGGAGGUUAGUGGGAGGGAGGAGAGUGCUAAUCGCUGGGCGGGGCCGGCGAGUAGGGACGUGUAUACGAGGAGUGGGGGGAUGGAGUAUAGGCCGCAG